AUACGGCGUUCAGGCACAGGGCCGGCGACAGAGCUGCGCGCCGGAGGGGGGGAAGGGCUUGCAUUCCCGCUCCCACAAUGCACGGCGCGCCCACUGAAAGCAGUGUGAGGAAGCGUUGCCGUCUCACGUGACGAAGACGUCACUUCCGUAAACACUGUCGGAAACCGAUGAAGCGGGGAGCUGCGCAGAAAGUAGAACUGGAAAGCACCUGGGGUCUCACGUGACGAACGCGUCACUUCCGUAAACACUCUAGGAAACUGAUGAAACGGGAAGCUGUGCAGAUAAGAAAUUAGUCUGAGCGCAAUAGUUAACCAGCGGAAAUGGAAGAAAGGAAAAUCAAGAGGAGGAGCCCCAAAUCAUCCAGUAGUCACCUGACUCAGGUUGCUAAUGCCAAGAAAAAUUCUGUGCCAGUCAGUAAAAGUACAGCAUUUUCAAAUCCUGCACCACAAACAAAUUCACAAAAACCAAAGUUAAAAAGAGGAAUAAAAGAAAAAGCCAAACCUCCAGGAGGGGAAGGAAAAGGGGCACAGGCAGCUCCAAUACAGCACUCUUUUCUCACAGAUGUAUCAGAUGUUCAGGAGAUGGAGAGGGGACUUCUGAGCCUUCUAAAUGAUUUUCACUCUGGCAAACUUCAGGCAUUCGGAAAUGAGUGUUCCAUAGAACAGAUGGAACAUGUGCGGGGGAUGCAGGAGAAGCUAGCUCGCUUGAAUUUGGAACUCUAUGGAGAGUUGGAAGAACUUCCUGAAGAUAAAAGAAAACUUGCCAGUGACUCCAAUUUGGAUAGGCUACUAUCAGAUCUGGAAGAACUGAAUUCUUCUAUGUAUCCUUUUUAUUAAAUGUCAUUUUUUGGUAAACAUUUUUGUAAUAAAGAGUUGAUCAAAAACCAAAAUUAUACUAUUAAAUUUCCAGAAAAUACAUUUUACAGAUGUUCUGUAGCUCAGGAGAGUUCAAAGGAUUUUAACAGUGCUCCUUUUUGAAAUUCAGGGCUGUAGUAUGUCAUGUUUUCAGAUCCUUCUAGCUUACAGAUGGCUUUCGUGUGACACUCAAACUGUAGGUUGCUGUAGAUCUAAACAAAGCUUUGUGCAUAGGCUGUUUCUUUAAAGAUUUCUUCAUUAACUGUUUGUUUGAAACUUUGAAAGGAAAAGGUACGUCAGACAGAGAUAUCUAAAAUUGUCAUAGCUGAAGUACAAAAUUUUAGACUGGACAUGUUGAGAAAAAAGACUGUUUAGCCAGUUGAGUGCAAACCUUGAUAUAUACUACCCACUUUGGCUAGGAACUUUGGAGCAACCACGCCUAAUAAUAUGCCUCCUAAAGUGUUCAGGAGUGGAGUUCUGUCCUGCUGCUGCUAGGGCAAAAAAAUUCUAAUACUCUUCAGUUUUCCACAACACUUUGUGUGCAAGUUUUCUCCUUUGACAGGAGCCCUAAAAACUUAGAACAUAGAUCACUGAAAUAUGCAAAAUUCAGAACUGCAGCAUUACCGUUAAAUGCCUAAGUAUUAGCAACUGCAAGUAACCAGCUGAAUAACUUACAUUUAUAUUUUUGUAUACAUUACCUUAAGUUGUCAUUUCCAUUCUUGUAAGCCUCCUAACCAUUGCCGAAGGAUGGUCCAGUGGUUAGGGCACCAGCCUGGGACUUGAGACACACUGUUUAAUUCCCUGCUGUGAUACCUACUUCCUGUGUGAAAGUCACUUAAUCUUCUGUGCCUCACUUCCCUGUCUGUAAAAUGGGGAUGAUAGUGUUCCCCUACCUUGCAGGGGUGUUGUGAACAUAAAUAUAUCUAGGAGUAUAAAGUGCUCAGAAACAACAAUAACAAGGACCAUAGAAGUAGAUGAGAUAGAUAAGAACUUUCCAAAAUGUUUCACCAAGCCAGAGGCCAAGUGUAAAAUAUUUCAGUCCCAAAGGUGUAUGUUUCGGAAUUUGAGUAGGGUUUAUUGGAAACUCUUGUGCAACCUUGCUGAUAUUAAGUGAAAUCAGCCCCUGCUAUAAAACAUUUACUAUGUUACAGCAUUUACAGAAAUUCAUGGCAUAACUGUUCUCGCCCUUGUCAGAAAAAGUGGUUCUAAAAUGUCUGUGCUUAAUUGAGCUCUAAUUAUGUAAGCAACUGAUCUGAGUUAGCACCUUUUAAUAUAAGGAUAGUAUUCUAAUGAGGAUUUCAGAUGUCUUCAAAUUAAUAGUGAAUGGUCUGUAUUCUAAGAGACUUGUUUAAUAUAUUUUCUUAUGUAAACGCACAGGACCAGGGCUGUGCCCUUCUAAAUACCUGCACACCUCCAUUCUUUCAAUCUUCCCAUUUAAGAUUUGUUAAUAGUCUCUAAAUUUAAACUUAUUUUUUUAGGCAAGGAAAAUAUUAAAUAUGUAUUUCAUUUUUACUGUUUGCAUUUUAUUGAAAAUAUUUGGAUCAGGCUAUUUUGUAAUUGCAAUAAAACAGAAGAGGAUUAAUUUAUUUUUAAAUUGGUAACAAUGUGCUUAGCACUAAGAUGACUUGUGAUACUGUUUUUUUCCUCUGGCAUGUAAACUUUGACCUUGUGUAUAAUUGCAUCCAGUGUGUAUUGAUAUUCCAGCAUGUCAGGCCAUGUGUAAUAUUUUGUUCUUUUCUGUCCUUUCAAAUCUAUCAUACUCUACAAACAUUAAAUACCGGUAUAAUACAGAUAUUCAUAAGGUAAAUUAUCUCUUGUGUUAUCAUAUGAAAACUUAAUUUCUUAACUCUUUGUUCCAGACAAAAACUUCAUUUAGCAGAUGCACAAGAUAUCCCAAAUACCUCCACCAGCUAAAAGUGUAGGUUUUUUUGAUUUAGAGACCUCUCGAAGAAGUCAUGUCUUUAUUUUUCCAAUGGAAUCUAGAGUCUUACUUAUUUUCCACAACAAAGAAUUAAAGUGCAAAUGCAAGUGAUUAUUUUCACACAUUCCUGUUAGCAGAUUUGAGCACUGCGAUAUAUCAGGGUUGGAAUCUAUUGCUCUAACUGCAAUGGUGUGUUGCUAUGCUUUGUUUUAUUGCCUUAUUUAAUAUAAAAGUGUUUGGGGAAAACUUGAAAGUACAUGCUCAGUGUUGUUCAUAUGUCUGUUGGAUUUAUAUAUGUACAUUACUCCAAUUUUGACAAAGAUAACAGUGAAGGUUUUUUGUAGGUGCCUUCCUGCCUAGUAUGUAGACAAUCUGCACACUCUUUAGUGUGUUUGCCAUUAAAUGAGUGCUUAUUAAUUUAUUUAAAAAUAUGCCAUACGCUAUGUUAAAAAGUGUAGCAUCUGUUUAAUUAUGGUCAGAGAAAGAGCUCUUGUAUGAUCAGAAUUUUUAGUCAGUUUUUUCUCUUGCUCUGUCAGCCACUUUAAAAUUUCACCCAGUUAGAAUUGGAAUACUUACUGGCAGUCCAUGUCAUUUGGUUUUGGCAAUUUUGAAUUCUCAGCAAUACUUAAACAGUGUCACUCCAUAAUAAAUCCAUUCUACACUA